AUGAGAAUUCGAUCUUUUCAGCCUGUAUCUGAUCCCACCCAACACAUUCAAUCAUGGGAUUUAUUAAGAAAAGCCAUAACAGAAAUUUUAAACCAAAAUAAUUCAGGUUUAAGUUUUGAAGAAUUAUACAGGAAUGCUUAUGUAAUGGUAUUGUCAAAACAUGGUGAUAAAUUAUAUAAUGGUUUGAAACUAACUCUUGAAAAUCAUGUAAAGCAACGUGUACUUAAAAGGUUGAAUGAUUCUUGGAAUGAUAACUUUCUUGGAACAUUAAAUAAAUUAUGGUCUGAACAUUCUAUUGCAAUGCAUCUUAUUCGUGAUAUUUUAAUGUAUAUGGAUCGUGUUUAUAUUCCAAAUUCAGGUCAUCCAGGAAUUUAUAUUACUGGUAUUCAAACAUUUAGAAAAUACGUUUUGGAACAGUCACAUGUUGCAGAUAACUUAUCGAAUAUAAUUCUUUCUAUGGUAAAAAGUGAGAGAAAUAAUGAAUUUAUUGAUAAAGUUGCUUUAAAAGAUGCGUGUAAAAUGUUACUUCAUAUGGGAAAUUCUAGUGAUAGAAGUUUAUAUGAACAGUUAUUUGAAAAAGAAUUUCUUAAAGAUACAAAAAUAUAUUAUGAACAUAAAAGUCAAAAAAUGUUAAUGGAUAAUAGUGCCGAUUUAUAUGUAGAAAAUGUUCAGGAAAUUUUAAAAAAAGAAUGUGAAUUUGCUGAAUUGUACUUAGAUAAAGUUACUGAAAAAAAGUUAAUGCAAGAUUUAAAUGAAGUUUUAGUCAAAAAUCAUAUUCAUACAAUUAUAAACAUGGAGAAUUCAGGAAUGUUAUAUUUAUUAAAGAAUGAUAUGCUUCCACAAUUAGCUAAUAUGUAUAGUCUUUUUAAAAAUGUUCCUACAGGUAUUGAAAAUACAGUCAAAUGUCUAAGUCAGUAUGUUCGAGAAACUGGCGAAUAUUAUGUAAAUUCAUUUGAUAAAGUAGGUGAUGACGGUCAGGCUGUCGUUACACCUGUAAAGUUAAUAGAAAAUUUAAUUGGAUUAAGAGAUCGUUGUGAAAAUUUUCUUAUUAACGCAUUUCAUCGAGAUGAACAAAUAAAAAGAUCUUUAAUAGAAGAUUUUGAAUAUUUUGUUAAUCUUUCAAAAAAGACUCCUGAAUAUUUAUCUUUAUAUAUUGAUGAUCGCUUAAAAAAACAUCUUAAAGAACAAGAGGGUGACAUUGAAGCCGCAACUUCCAAAGCAAUGAUUUUAUUCAAAUAUAUUGUUGAUAAAGAUAUGUUUGAAGCAUAUUAUCGAAAACAUUUAUCAAAACGACUUUUACAUUCUAAAACAGCAUUAGAUUAUUCUGAAAAACAUGUCGUAGAUAAGAUUAAACAUGAAUGUGGUGGAAGUUUUACAAGUAAAAUGGAUGGAAUGUUUCAGGAUAUUGAAGCAGCACAAUUAAUUCAAACAACAUAUAAAGAAUAUUGUCAAAAUAGUCCAUCAUCUAGUGGUAUAGAUUUGACUAUAAGGGUCUUGAAACCUAUAAAUUGGCCUUCAUCAAUUGGUGAGGAGGUUGUAAAUAUUCCUUCAGAAUUGACUUCUGCUUUUAAUCAUUUUAGUACAUUUUAUACACAUAAAUUUAAAAGUCGAAAGCUGAAGUUACACUGGGGUUUGGGUACUGCAGAGCUUAAAGUAACUUUUUAUAACAAAAUUAAAAAUGAUGACAAAAGUCAGCUGGAAAAUAGUACUUCUGGUAAUCUUAAUAUUCGUAAAGAAACAAAGAUUCUUAUUGUUUCAACAAUACAUAUGUUAAUGCUUCUUGAAUUUAAUAAAAAUGAAAGGCUAACUUUUAAAGAAUUAAAAGAUUCUACAAAAUUACCAGAAAAAGAGCUUAAGAGAGCUUUAAUGUCUGUGUCAAUGGGAAAAGCUAAUCAAAGAAUUCUUACAAGAGUUGUAGGAAAUGGCAAAGAAAUACAAUAUACAGAUGAGUUUACGGUAAAUGACAAUUUUACAUCGAAGUUUGCUAAAAUUCGUAUUACAAAUGUAACUGGUAAAACAGAGGUUGAGAAUGAAACUGAAAGAAGAAAAACAAAAGAAGUUUUGGAAGGUGACCGUAAAGCUGAAAUUGAUGCGGCAAUUGUCCGUGUUAUGAAAGCUAGAAAAAGUCUUAAUCAUAACAAUUUAAUUACUGAGGUUACAAAUGUUCUUUGUAAACGAUUCAGACCUGAAAUUUCAACAAUUAAAAAAUGUAUUGAGACUUUGAUUGAAAGAGAUUUUCUUAAACGAAAUGAUAAAGAUAACAAGACAUAUGAAUAUGUCGCUUAA